ACAGUGGCCGUGUCCUUCUUUGCGUCUCUCCUCCCCGGUCAUGAGCACAGCAGCCGAAUGGAUAAGGAUUUUCAAAUGUUAGAAAGGAUCGGAAAAGAAGGCGUUCCUGGUUAAAGGCAGGUAAACAGCAGAGCCCGACUGAGAUCCACUCCUCCUGACAUGGAGUCCUGGGCUCUCCUUUGGUAAUAUUUUGAUGGAUGAAACCAUGCCUUCCGUGUUUUUCGAAAUUCUCUGUGGAGCCUAGUUCUCUGAACUUGGAGCUAGAUUCAACUGACCUUCGUCCUUGGGACAAAGACCUGGUACACAGGCCCGGUCCAGGUAAACAAAGGGAGAGCAGGUCUGAGCCCUUGCUCUCUGAAGUGGCAAACCUCAUGUCCUGCUACAGAUCUGUCACAGCCCGGGAGACCUGACCCACCCGGCUCACCACGGCAGCAGCAAUGGGUCAGAACGUGGAGGUGUGGAAGCAGAUGUUUCAGGAAUUAAUUCAGGAGGUGAAACCAUGGCACAAGUGGACCCUGACACCAGACGGAAGCCUUCUUCCUGGCAUCCUGAAACCGGGGUGGACACAAUAUCAGCAGUGGAACUUUGCCAGAUUCCAGUGCUCCUUGUGCUCCCGCAGUUGGGCCUCCUCCCAAGUUCAGAUCCUCUUCCACAUGCACUGGAGUGAGGGUGGAUGCAGGGGCCGGGUGAAGAUGAGGGUCUUUGCCCAGAGAUGUCAAAAGUGCUCUCAGCCUCCAUUUGAGGUUCCCGAGUUCACGAACGAGAACAUCUCAAGGAUCCUGAGCAACCUGGUGUUCCAAAUUCUGAAGAAGUGCUAUAGAGAAGAAUUUAAGUUGACUGAGGAGAUUCCGGAAACCUCUUGUGAAGGGCCACACGACAGUGACAACUGCGAGGCAUGUCUGCUAGGCUUCUGUGCUCAGAGUGGGAAAGGCCUGGCCGUGCAGUCACCAGUGUUUCUAGCACUUCCCACAAUAAGCUCACCUACCCUCAGCAUCACCAUGCACCAGCCUUUUCCCACAAGGAAUGGCACCACUGCAGGUGCAGUGAAGAAAGGAAAGGUCUUACUCAGCCCCUGGUUUUCUGGGCCCACACGGUCUGCUAGCUUCCCCACCUACUGGAGCCCAGGAGAAAACCCCAACUACCAGGAGGAGAGGGAAGUCCAGGACCCCCUCUCAAGUGAUAGGUUCUACUCCUACACAAACCAGACCCCACUGCGCAGGACCUUAGGUCUGUGCUGCUGUUGUCUCAUUCUAAUCAUUAUCAUCAUUAUUGCUGUAACAGUCAGUAUCCGAGUCUCAAAAACAUGA